AUGACCGCGGUCCUGAAUUUUAGAGGUUCGGUGAAAGACCUUGCGAGAGCCCAGAAGUACAUUGAUACAGGGAAUGAUGAAAUCUUGCAAAAUUGUACCCAGGAGCAACUUUGGUUGAUCGGUAAAAUGUAUGGUGUUAGGUUGAAGUCAAACAGGGCGUCUAGUAAGCGGAAAGAAAUCAGGGCACUAACGCAUAUAGACAGAGUAAGCAUGUUCUGCAAAACUCGUGACGAGAAGAUUCUAGAUAUGUGCACUAGAAGGCAGGUAAGGAUGUUAGAAGACCAUUUCGGCCUAAAGGGUAGGCAUGAUAAGGUAGAGGAUAGACGCGAGGUGCUGCGGACUUGGUUAAGGGAACAAAAAGCAGAAGAGAAGGAAGCAGAGCGCCAAUGUGAAGAAGACGAAAUACAGUGCCAGCAAGAAGGAGCUGAGGCUCUGCCUCAGAAUAAAGAACCAGAUAGGUUGGAAGAAAUUUCAGAAGAAACGGACGAUGCGCCAAGUGACGAAGGAAUUAAUGUAAACUCAAGUAGCAGCAGGGAAAGCAGUCUUGAGAGGCACGAGGUGGAACCAAAGUUGGAACCAAGAGACAAUGAGGUACAGCUGCAACGUGAAAAGAGGCAGACUCGGCUUGAGCAAGAGAAAGCCAAAGCCGAGCAGGAGCGAGCUAAAGCUGAGCAAGAGAAAGCUAAAGCCGAACAGGAAAAGGCUAAAGCUGAACAGGAAAGAUUUAAAGUCGGACAAGAGAGAGCCAAAGCCGAACAAGAAACGGCCAAGGCUGAACUGGCUAUGAUAAAGAUGGAGGCCGCUAAAGCAGAACAAGAGAGAAUUAAGAUGGCACGAAGGGAGAACAGAGACAGGAUGACAGCGGUCCUGAAUUUUAGAGGUUCGGUGAAAGACCUUGCGAGAGCCCAGAAGUACAUUGAUACAGGGAAUGAUGAAAUCUUGCAAAAUUGUACCAAGGAGCAACUUUGGUUGAUCGGUAAAAUGUAUGGUGUUAGGUUGAAGUCAAACAGGGCGUCUAGUAAGCGGAAAGAAAUCAGGGCACUAACGCAUAUAGACAGAGUAAGCAUGUUCUGCAAAACUCGUGACGAGAAGAUUCUAGAUAUGUGCACUAGAAGGCAGAUAAGGAUGUUAGAAGACCAUUUCGGCCUAAAGGGUAGGCAUGAUAAGGUAGAGGAUAGACGCGAGGUGCUGCGGACUUGGUUAAGGGAACAAAAAGCAGAAGAGAAGGAAGCAGAGCGCCAAUGUGAAGAAGACGAAAUACAGUGCCAGCAAGAAGGAGCUGAGGCUCUGCCUCAGAAUAAAGAACCAGAUAGGUUGGAAGAAAUUUCAGAAGAAACGGACGAUGCGCCAAGUGACGAAGGAAUUAAUGUAAACUCAAGUAGCAGCAGGGAAAGCAGUCUUGAGAGGCACGAGGUGGAACCAAAGUUGGAACCAAGAGACAAUGAGGUACAGCUGCAACGUGAAAAGAGGCAGACUCGGCUUGAGCAAGAGAAAGCCAAAGCCGAGCAGGAGCGAGCUAAAGCUGAGCAAGAGAAAGCUAAAGCCGAACAGGAAAAGGCUAAAGCUGAACAAGAAAGAUUUAAAGUCGGACAAGAGAGAGCCAAAGCCGAACAAGAAACGGCCAAGGCUGAACUGGCUAUGAUAAAGAUGGAGGCCGCUAAAGCAGAACAAGAGAGAAUUAAGAUGGCACGAAGGGAGAACAGA